AUGGCGCCCAGAGUCAGCUUCAAUCCUGAGCAGAUCCGGGAGAAAGCAAGACGAGAUCUGCUCACUCUUCUUGAGGGUGUUCGUGGCAAGAAGAAUGUCGUCUUCGAUCGAAGCCUCGUCGGCCCAGUUGGCGUAAUAGUUAAGGUUACGACGCUCCAGGAGUAUGGAGUCGAUAAAUUCUUCAUCCUCGAGAAUCAAAAUGUCGAUACGAGCCAGCGCAACGUCAUCUUCAUUACGAGAGGGGAAUGUGGCCGCCACGCUCAGACAAUAGCAGACCAGAUCCGUCGACUGCAACGCGAAAGCCAGACCGGCCAUGACUUCCAUAUCUUCUGGGUCCCUCGACGUACGCUCGUAUCCAACAGAGUUCUCGAAGAGGCGGGUGUGUUAGGCGAUGUGACCAUAUCUGAGCUCCCACUACACUUUUUCCCGCUGGAACGAGAUGUCUUGUCCCUAGAACUGUACGACUCGUUCGAGGACCUGUAUCUUAACAAAGACGUAACCCCUACCUAUCUUCUAGCGCGUGCUCUCAUGGAGAUCCAGCAGAACCAUGGUCUCUUCCCAAGAAUCAUUGGCAAAGGCGACAACGCGAAGCGUGUUGCGGAUCUCCUAGGUCGUAUGAGACAGGAGGUCAUUGCCGAGGGUGGUGCUGGUGAAGGUACCAAGGAUGGGCUUACACCUAGUACUACGAUUGAGAGCGUCAUUAUCAUCGACCGGGAGGUUGAUUUUGUGACACCGCUCUUGACCCAGCUUACAUACGAGGGUCUCAUUGACGAGGUCUUCGGCAUCGAGAAUAACCAGGCAAAGGUAGAUACGACUGUCGUUGGGGCACCAGCUCAGUCGUCGUCAGUGAGCUCGCAAACACGCAAGCGUCCCAUCCAGCUCGAUUCUUCCGACAAGCUGUACGACCAGCUGCGUGACGCCAACUUUGCCAUAGUUGGAACUUUGCUUAACAAGGUAGCCUUGAGACUACAAAGGAUUCAAAAGGACUACGAAGCAAACCAGAGUACCAAGACCAUAGCCGAGCUGAAGGAAUUCGUGGGAAACCUCCCGGCAUAUCAGGCGGAGCAACAGAGCUUGAGGAUUCACAGCGGCUUGGCCGAGGAGAUCAUCAAGCAUACUAGAUCCGACUUGUUUAAGGGACUGCUCAAGGUGCAACAAAACCUCGCAGACGGCGCGGACCCAUCGUCUCAGUUUGAAACUAUUGAAGAGCUCAUCGCCCGUGAUACACCUUUGAAGGAGGUCCUGCGGCUUUUAUGCAUAUACUCUUGCAUGUCGGCGGGAAUCUCGCAGAAGGAGUUUGACCAGUUCAGACGUCUUAUACUCGAGGGUUAUGGAUACCAGCAUAUCCUGACGUUGCAUAAACUGGCGAAACUCCAGCUUAUCCUUCCAAAGUCAUCGCCGUUGGCCGGAAUGAUUCCGAUGGCAGGCGGUUCGGACGCGGCGGGGACCAAGACAAACUAUACGUAUUUACGACAACAGCUGAGACUCAUCGUCGAUGAGGUAAAGGAGGAUGACCCGGACGAUAUAGCCUACGUAUACAGCGGGUAUGCGCCGCUGUCUAUUCGGCUUGUCCAGUGCGUAUUACAGAAGCAGUAUUUGUUCCAGGUUACAAAGGGUACCGGCAGUGCUCCUGGGGGCGGCGCUACAUCUACAGGCGGGGCGCAGGGCUGGCUUGGAUUUGACGAUGCCGUCAAGCAUGUUCGGGGUCGCACAUUUUAUGAACUCCAGAAGGGUGAGGACAAGGCCGUAAAGGCUCGGGCUCUUCUCUCGGGAGGCGCUGAAAAGCAGACCGUCUUUGUUGUUUUUGUCGGGGGGAUUACUUUUACCGAAAUCGCGGCUCUUCGUUUUAUUGCGAGACAGGAGAAAGAUCGGAGGAAUAUUGUCAUCUGCACGACUUCAUUGAUUAGCGGGAAUAGGAUGAUGGACGCGGCGAUUGAAACGAAUUCAUAUGCAAAGGAGUCCGGUUAG